AUUCUGAGCUGCUGAAUUUCACUCUAGUGGCGGAAUUUCACUCUGAUAAAUUUACCCCAGUGUGUAUAAAAAAGUCAUCAUGGAACAUAGAAUCUACUGAGGCCACAAUAUAGUCUUUUUAGAUUGUUCUUUAUAUGGAUUUAUACACAUAAGCCACAUAUAAUUAAAUUGUGAGCGUUGUGACUUUUCAGACACUGGGGUUGUUUUCACAGUCAUCUAAUUGCGUUCUGGCAUGCUGCAAAAACUCAUGGGUCUGGAGGGUACCUUGUGGAAAAUGCAGGAAGAACUGGAAUGAUACCACAAGGCAAAUUUCUUGUCUCUUACGUAUACAUUCAUUUCCUCAUUCAAAGAUUAAAAUAAAACCAUUUUUUUGUGUAUGAUUUAAUUGCCAGUUUUUCUACAGAAAAGAUGUAUCCAAUGGAGUUGUUUAACUAGGUGUUGUUUAUAUGUAAGGAAUUACUAGCCAUACAUUUACUUCAGUGCAACCUGAAUUUUACAAACCCUGAUAUGAAUUAUUUACUCAUUUUACAUUGUUUUUUAUGGUCCCUCCAAUAUAUAAUGCAAAAUGUAUUUCCAUGAUCUUACUUUAUCCUGUGUUUUUCUGGUCUUUUUAAGAGUAAAUUGGUGGUGUGCUGUAUAAUUUUUUAUUCAGAAUUCCCCAAAAAGAGUAGUUUUAGUUUAACCACUAGGUGCCGCCACAAGACAGUUGUAAAGUGAUAAAGUUUGCUUCUAAAACCUACAUUUUAUUAUUUAACUGUAUUAGAUUUUAAUACUUGCUGCACUGACAUUUUUUAAAGUAUUUUACAUUGAGUAUAAUUAUUUAAAUAGCAUGUACCAUACCCUGUAGCUACUUAUAAAUGAUGUUUUCAGAUACACAGAGCACAGGCACAAUUGCUUUCUAGAUGUUUGUUGUUUAAGUAACUGACUACUGUAAAUGUAAUUAUAUUAGUCUUUUUAUUUGUUGAGUUCUUAAAAGUAAAUAAAAUGAUUCCCCGCUUUAAAUGAAUACAAAUUUAAACGCAAAAAGUCCACCAAAUUAAUAAAAGUAUUUUCUAUAAUAAAUGAAAAAUAUAAUACAGGUAAGUGCUCAUUUCUUGCAGAUACUACAGCAGUUGAUAUGCGUUAGAAAUGAAAUCCAAAUACUGAUACUUGAUUGUGUGGACGUUUAUUCCUUGAAACUUCUUGUAACUUUAUAUCUAUGGGUAAAAAUAUGAGAGGCUGUGAAUUGCUUACCAACACAUACUGAUUCAAAUAGAGCAAGUGCUCAGUCUGACCAGGUACAGCAAGAAAAAGAUGUUAGGUUUGUAAUGCAAGAGGUCUGUUGAUCUUGGGCAGGACUCAUUCAUGCAAAUAUGGGAAAGUAGAACUGAAACAUGCUUGGCAGUGUUUCAACCAGUAUGCUGCAGUAAAGCUGAGCUUAAAGGUCGCUGGAAAUCAACUGCUUGGAAAGUAAAUGCAGUGGAAACAGAAGAUAUCCAAGACGGUGCAGAGCUAGGAUCCCAGGAAAAUAUUUGUUUUGUGAUGUGCUUUGCCUCUUGUUGACUGGGACACUUUCAGAGUGUGUGUGUGUGUUUUCUUGCACCUAUUUUAGAUGCGUUACUGCUGCUUUUGGUUUGGAUUCGGAGAAAGGGAGCACUCUUUUUUAAAACCCAUAAUAUGUUCAGAAUCAACAAAUGGCUCAGCGGUUAAGACUUCACUUUGCAACUAGGAGAAGCAACACUGACCCAUUAUCAGAAAGCUCUGGACAUGGCUUGGAUAGUAAUAUUCACAUGUGUUUUAAAAGACUCUCUCCAACAACUUCACCCGGUGUUAUCCAAAUGAGGCUGUCUCCGAGGCAAACCUUACAGAAUUCCUUUGCCCCAGAAAUUAUUCCUAUACAUCGAGGUCAUUCUGUUUCUUCACCAUGCAAAAAAAGUUCUUCAGUGCAGAUUUCUUUGCAGCCAAGCAGAAAUAGCAGAUGUCAUCAAUCUGGCAACACCAUGCCUGCUAUGGAAGAUAUUUGCGUUGUCAAUGCUUACAAGGAUGGAAUUAAUUCUAGUUUUACUACAAGCAAUAAUUAUAACUGUCAACCAGCCAUAAAUGACAACUGCAUCAGUACUGGUACCUCAACUGAAAAUGGCAGUUCAUUUAGCAUUUCUGCAAGUGACAAUGGACCUUACAGUAGCAACAGCAGUGACUAUGGUUCCUGUGCAAGUACUGCAAGUGAUGCUGGCUCAUGUGCUAACAGUAUAUUAAGUGACAGUAGUAGCUGUACUUAUUCUUUAAGUGACAGCAAUUACUUAAAUGCAUUACCCAAUGGUAAUGCUUUGUUCAUGAACCCAGAAGAAAUUAGUGAGUUUUUGCGAAGUAAACUGGAAGAACCUUUGCCUAUAAACAAGUGCAACUUCCAUUUUGACCUGGAUUACACAGAAAAAGAGGAGGUAAAACUUCCAGCAAGGAAGAAAACAAAAAUUCCAUUACGACGCUGCUCUUCAUUAGUUAUUUUUCCUAGAAGUCCCUCUGACACUCCACCAACGUCUCCAACUAGUCUAGUCCCUCCAACAAGCAGGGGCUUCUAUCAAACAUCUUAUCAGCUUAUGCUUUCUUCUAAUGAUUUUACACAAAAAGAAGAGCAAGUGGCUUCCAAGGGGUCCCUUUUGACAGCAGUCAAUGGGGUUCGGCUUUCCAAAAAUACCUGCAAUGUUGGUGAGGUUAGAGAUAUUAAGCCACUUUACUUGAAUGACAAAGAAGAUGGACUGGUUCCACAGAGUCUAGAGACAGUGAAAGCUGGAAAAGAUGGACCUUCAUUUGCAUCUGAUUCCAGUGAUUUUGUUCAGAUUCCAUUGCCAAAUAUUUGCAAUUCUGUUGCUGAACACACCAAACUGCACAAGGAUAAACCUCAGCUGAACAUAGAUUCACAACAUUGUCGACUGUUGCGCAGCACAUCCGCAUAUUCUCCCUCCAAAAAAACUGUGGAAUGCCAGAUGGGGAGACGUUCAGAGCAGGGAUACAAAAAUAUUCACAAAUGCCAAUUAACUCAUGUUUUUCAAAGAAGUGUGUCUGAAGGGCCUCCACAAAAACGGUCCUCUGCAUCCAGCCAUAAAUGUAAAUAUCCUAAAUCAGGGUCCUCUUAUUUGCACAUACAGUUUGCACCUGGAAAUAAAAGUAGGGUUAGUAGCUAUAAGAAACAGCACUUAAGAAGCCCCACAAUAGAACUGCCUUGUAAACCAUCUGUAAAAUUACUUAAGACCAGAGAUGAUUUUCUUGGGCAAGUGGAUGUUCCCCUUCAUCUAUUACCAACCGAAAACCCGCGGUUGGAACGACCAUAUACAUUCAAGGACUUCAUUCUUCAUCCCAAAAGCCACAAAUCACGAGUCAAAGGAAACCUAAGAUUAAAAAUGACAUAUUUACCCAAAAACAAUGGAUCGGAAGAUGACGCAGAGCAGGCUGAGGAGAUGGAGCCUGGCUGGGUUAUACUGGACCAACCGGAUGCAUCUUGCCAACCUCAACAGCAACAAGAAAUUUCCCCACUACCUCAGGGAUGGGAAGAGAGACAGGAUAUUCUUGGAAGAACUUAUUAUGUCAGUCAUCAGUACAGAAGAACACAGUGGCAAAGGCCUACUAUGCAAGAAGAUACUGCAGCUAAUGAGAGCAGAAAUGUUCAGUUGGAAGAACAGCAUCAUCAUGCAUUCACAACAAGGAGGCAAAUCUGUGAAGCAACAGAAGCCACAGAAAGCAGAGAUUUCCCAGAGGGCUGGGAAAUUAUUACAGAAGAUGAAACAACAGUAUAUAGCAACCAGAAUGCCCAGCAACGAUCUGCAACAAACAGUGAUGCCCAAGCACAAAUAACAGAAGAGCUUAGCAUAAGACUUAACAUUUCUGGGAAUAUGCCUCACAGCAGACAAAACUCUUCCACUGUCCAUUCCAACAGAAGAGAGAGCUUGCAGUCAUAUACUUCAGAAGAACUUCCUACGUUACCAGUUUUACUACCCACAUCUUCAGGAUUACCGCCUGGCUGGGAAGAAAAACAAGAUGAUAAAGGAAGAUCAUAUUACAUUGAUCACAAUAGCAGAACUACUACUUGGGAAAAGCCUAUAGUACAGGGACCCAUGGAAACUUCUCAGCCUUCAUCUAUCCAUAAUGUUCCUGCCAUUCUUCAGCUACAAAGGACAACCAGUGAAUCUGCGCAGUUAUCCAAAACAGAGCAAGGAUUUCUCCCCAAGGGGUGGGAAGUGCGCCAUGCACCAAGUGGAAAGCCAUUCUAUAUCAACCAUGUAACCAAAACAACCACAUGGGAAGACCCAAGGUUGAAGAUUCCAGUACAGCUCAGACCAAAGCCACCCAUAGAUCUAUCAGAUCUGGGACCAUUGCCUCCUGGAUGGGAAGAAAGAAGUCAUACUGAUGGAAGGGUAUUUUACAUUGAUCACAGCACAAAACAAACACAGUGGGAGGAUCCUCGGUUACAAACUGUAGCAAUAACUGGACCGGCUGUGCCUUACUCCAGGGAUUAUAAGAGAAAGUAUGAGUACUUCCGGAAGAAAUUAAAGAAGCAGCUUGAUAUUCCAAAUAGGUUUGAAAUGAAGUUACGUCGUACAUCCAUUCUUGAAGAUUCCUAUAGAAGGAUUAUAGCUGUAAAAAGGCCAGAGUUUCUCAAAGCACGUCUUUGGAUUGAGUUUGAUAAUGAGAAAGGCUUGGACUAUGGAGGAGUGGCCAGAGAAUGGUUUUUCCUGAUCUCCAAAGAAAUGUUUAAUCCUUAUUAUGGUCUUUUUGAAUAUUCUGCCACGGAUAACUAUACUUUACAAAUUAAUUCUAAUUCUGGUCUAUGCAAUGAAGAUCACCUUUCAUAUUUCAAGUUCAUAGGCCGCGUGGCUGGAAUGGCAGUAUACCAUGGAAAACUUCUCGAUGCAUUUUUUAUUCGUCCAUUUUACAAAAUGAUGCUCCAAAAACCGAUUAUAUUGUAUGACAUGGAGUCUGUGGAUAGUGAAUAUUACAAUUCUCUCCAGUGGAUACUAGAAAAUGACCCUACAGAUUUAGAUCUGUGCUUCACUGUUGAUGAAGAACUUUUUGGACAGACACAUCAACAUGAGUUGAAGGCUGAAGGUUCACAAAUCUUAGUCACAAACGAGAACAAAAAAGAGUACAUACAUCUUGUUAUUCAGUGGAGGUUUAUGAACAGAGUUCAAAAACAGAUGGCUGCAUUCAAAGAGGGCUUCUUUGAACUGAUCCCGCAAGACCUGAUAAAAAUAUUUGAUGAAAAUGAGCUGGAGCUGCUGAUGUGUGGAUUAGGGGAUGUUGAUGUAAAUAACUGGCGAGAACAUUCGAAGUACAAGAAUGGAUACACCCAAGGACACCAAGUUAUACAGUGGUUUUGGAAGGCUGUACUUAUGAUGGAUGCAGAAAAGAGGAUUCGAUUACUUCAGUUUGUCACAGGCACAUCACGUGUGCCCAUGAAUGGAUUUGCUGAGCUGUAUGGCUCCAAUGGACCACAGUUGUUUACAGUUGAAAAAUGGGGCACUCCAGAAAAACUCCCUAGAGCGCACACAUGCUUUAAUCGCUUGGACUUGCCACCUUAUGAGUCAUUUGAGGACCUGUGGGAUAAGCUUCAUAUUGCAAUUGAAAAUGCCCAAGGUUUUGAUGGGGUUGAUUGAUGGGGUUGAAUAAUGGGGUUACUGCAAAUUUGAAGAUAAAGUGUUAUGUUUACAAAUGAAAACAAACGUAUAUCCCAGGGAUCCUCUCUAGAAGUAUUCUACUUCAUUUGAACAUUCUCAAUUAUGUAUAUUACAUAUAGAAAGAACAGUGCAACACAUAGCAGGCAGACACCACUGCAGUAAAAAAUACUGCGCUCUGUUCAGCUGAAUGCACUGCUAAAGCCUUCCCUGUGUAUGUGACCAUAUAUAUAUAUAUAUAUAUAUAUAUAUAUAUAUAUAUAUAUAUAUAUAUAUAUAUAUAUAUAUAUAUACAUACACACCAGUAAGUUUGUGUCCUUAACAAAAAUCGAGGUUUGUCUGCAAUUAUUACUCUUCUUCUUGAUAUUUACCUCUCCUUGCAAACUUACAAAACUACUGAAUUUAAAGGCUGUAAAACUUGCACUGAUCAUGUGAUCUAUGCUCCUUUAUUUGGUAAUUCAUAAUGAAAUGAGUAGAAUUCUGUUCCCUUAUCUGCUGGUCAGGGUAUUGUUUUGGGGAGUAUCAAGUGUAAAAAUCUGAAGCCAUAACCGAUUCUCUCACUGCUGCUUCAAGCUGCUUAAUGUUCUUUAUCUCUAGACACUUUAUUACCAAAAUAUAGUUCUGGUUAGCUACCAUUUAUAUUUAUGUUAGUACAGGUAUGGGACCUGUUAUCCAGAAUGCUUGGGACCUGGGGUUUUCCGGAUAAUGUA